AUGAUGGGCCUUUGGGGCACGACGAGUCCAUCUUACACACCAAGUAUGGCACCUACUCAGUCACAACCGUUCGGUAAUCUGCUGAACCCACAGCCGGGUGGGUCCCAUGCGCCUGGAGAUCAUCAAACGCCGGCCAUGUCGACGUACCUACGGGGGCUGAACAACCACGCGGAUUUGGUCUCACCUCAGAGACAAUUGUGUGUUCCAGAUGGCCCUUGCACUGGUAACCCACGCAGUUUAAUCGGCAGUGCCAGCCGGGAAACCCUGGCUUCCGUUGGAACUCGACCUCGCCCAAAGGUCAAAGCUAAGACCACUUUGGCUGCCAAAAGUUUGGCUGACCAUGUCAGCCCCACUCGUGGCCCGUCGAAGAAGCGGCAGCGUUCUCGAUCACCUACUCAAGCACCUGCCGGGGGUUCAGCAUUGACGUCUCAGCAGAGCUCACUUGCCCAUGACUCGCGUCCCGAAAGCCAGUUGGCCUCUGGGGUCCCUGCCCAGCUCAGCCGAGACCUAACUCGCCAGGAAGCUGAUUUCCUGGCGGAAUUGACGGAAUCAUUCGAUGACAAGCAUCGGCACGAGGCUGAGAUCGUGGGUGAAAACCAUCGACAUUUGGCGCGAUCAGCUGAUUCUGCCAGGGCGCAGUACUACAUAACCCAAACUGCUGACAAGGUGGAAUCCCUGGUACAUACCUUUGAAGACCAGCUUCGAGCCGUUCACGAUGAUCUCUCCACCAAGAUCAAUCUUCUUUCCGAAAACCUGCGAGAUCUCACCAAGGCCAUACAAACGGACGGCUUGGCGGUACGCCAAAGUGACGCUCCUCCUGCGGUUCCUGCUCGCAAUGCAUCCAACGGCGAACCUCCUAAAAGAAAGAAAUGGGUACUUUCAAAGGAACUGAGAGCCCUUGUCACCGCCUUGUCAGUCGAAUUGUUACCUGAGGCCAAUCUGCAGGCCUACACCGCGAUUGAGGACGGUGCAAAGAACUACCUUCCAAGGUCGCUUUUCAAUACCAUCAGGGCGACGAAGCAAGAUGCCCCCUGGUUAGCUCAACACCUUCCAGGCAAAAUCCGCGGGGUUAACGACGCCAAGGGUAUACGAAAUUACUGUACGGCAAUCAAGGAAGCCUGUAAGCACUCACGCGAGAAGUUGCACCUGUUGCUCUGGCCUUCCCAGCUCUUAACAAACAUCCAAAGUCAGAAGAGCAGAACCGUGAAGGUCGUAGCGGUUCCUACUUUACAGGCUUUGUGGUAUCGAGUGGCCAUCAAAUGCGGCAUCAUCAACGAAUCAGUGGAUCCGAAGACUGCAUGGGCAGCGGCGGCCGGACCAGCACGCAGUCGACUCACAUAUCUUCAAAGGGAGGCUGCCCGCCUGCGUAAGACUCCAUCAAACACUAAUAUUUGGUGUGAAGUGGACGCACAGCUGGACCACCUGCGCCAAAUGGAUCAAGAACAUCCUGACUUUUCGUCAUUAUUUUAUGACUAUAUAUAUCAAAAUGACCGCGAGAUAUUCGACGGUAAAAGAAGUUGGAGUGCAAUCUCCAGCGGGUAUGUACUGGAAUUAUCCACUGAUGAGGUUGUUUUGAACAGAGUGGCUGCAGGUCCUAUGGAGGAGGAGCAGGAGGAGCAAAGUGAAGUUUUGGGCGAGGAAAUGGAGGACACUGAUGACGUUUGA